AUGAUUAUUACUGGGGAUGAUAAUAAUGGGAUUGUAGAGUUGAAAUUACAAUUACCUCAACAUUUUGAGAUGAAAGAUUUGGGUACUCUUCUAUAUUUUUUGGGGAUUGAAGUGGCUCAUUCUCCUAGAGGUCAUCUUCUUUCCGAUUCUAAGUACAUUGACACCAUCCUUGAGCAAGCUCGUCUCUCUGAUACUCGUACAAUUGUUACUCCUCGUGAACGUAAUGCUCACUAUGCCUCUUCUGAUGGUGUUCCUUUGCCUGAUCCCACUUUGUAUCAUACACUUGUUGGCAACUUGGUAUAUCUUACCAUCACUAGACCUGAUCUUCCUUAUGCAGUACAUUUUGUUAGUCAGUUUAUUGCCUCUCCUACUACAGUUCAUGGAAGCUGUUCUUCGCAUUCUUCGUCAUCUUCGGGGCACUCAAUUUCAAAGUCUUAUCUUUUAUGCAUCUUCUUUCUUGGAAUUACAUGCCUACUCAGAUGCUGA